UGUAUUGAUCCUGCGCGAGGAGCACGUUCGCGGGUGACAAGUGCGAUACAUACCAGAAGAGAGUUGCUGUUCACAAUGAAGCGGGGACCCGGCGAGAGUCGCAUCCCGCUAUUCCGGGCUGCGGCCGCCCCGCGGCAGGCGUUGGCCGCCCCCGCGCCGGCAGAGCCCGUCGCAGUGGAGGCGCACCUGCCCCACCUGCAGCAGCGGCCCCGCGCCCCGCAGGAGCUCGCGGAGGCGGCACUCCGGCAGGCCGGACAGCUGCCCUCCGUGCCGGGGAAGGCCGGCCUCUCCCUGCACAGUCCUCCGCGGGCAGCAGGUGCCGGUGGCGGCGACUCGGGAGCGGACGUGGAUGGCGCCGAGGCGCCGGCAGCGCCCAAGGCGCACAAGGGUGCCGGCAGGGUAGCCACCAUAUUCGGAGCGCUGCGCAAGUUAGCGCCGCAGGCGGGGGGCGGCAAGAGAGAGGAGCCCGCGCCGCCAGCUGAGACCGCCAUGCCCGGCGACGGCGACGCCUGGCAGCGGUUCGCGGCGCCGCAGCUGCCCAGGCCGGCCAGGCCGAUUGGCGCCGCCCCCGCCGCCCCCGCCCCGGCGUUCGCCAGGUCUGCGCUGAGGAAGGGCGGGGAGCAGCCGCGGGGGGCGGCGCCGCCGCUGCCCAGGUCCGCGAGCGCGACGACGAAGCUCCACGAACGACACGGCGACACGUACACGGUGGCCUCGGGUCGCCAGACGGCGGCCACCCUGGCGCUGUACCGAGGCGUCGCCGACGACGACCCCGCACCGACGCCGGCGGCGUGCGGCGCGGUGCAGGAAGUGACGACCAACCCGGAGGAGCACUUCCAGAAUGCGGCUGCUGCGGGGGUGGCGUACCGCAAGCGGCCCUCGCUGCUCGGCCUGUUCGGCGGUGCCGCCCCCGCCAGCGGAGGCGUGGCCGUCGCAGUCGCCUCCACCUCCUCUGGUACCACCUCCCCCGUCGGCAGUGGCCAGAAAGCGCGCAAGGGCAGCGGCGGCCGCUGGCAGCCGCUCUACUCCUCGACGCCGUUCCGUCCACCGCCUGACGCCGGGACCGGGUCGGAGGCUGCCACGCCAGAAGACGAGAGGCUGCGCGUGCGCGCUGCCAGGUGCGCGGCGGCAGCGCCGCGCGCCGUGGCGCGAGGACGUCUCGAGCAGGAGGAGCCCUGCCACGUGGCGCGCACGCGUCAGGAGCAGGAAGAGUCCGGUGGCGGCGGCGGCGGCGGCGGCAGCAGCAGCAGCACCAGCAGCCACAACAGUAGCGGCGGCGGCGGCGGCGCUGGCCAGCGGCCCCGCUACUUGGAACACAGGGCGGGCUACACUUUCACCAUUCCCUCUGAGCCCUCUCCGCUGACAAAGUACGAGGGCCGGCACUCCUCGGCGGACCUCGGUGACUUCAAACAGCGUCAGCGGGACUCGCAGCCGGCACCGGCACCGGUGUUGGGAAUCGAGGACACGGAGGAGAUGGACGUGGACAACGACGACUACGACGACGAGAACUCGGUGGACCUGUCGUCGGAGCAGGCGGAGGAGCCGAGCAGCGGCGCCGGAGGCGGCGGUGGCGGCGGCGGCGGGCUGGCCAACAGGCAGGGCUCGCUGGAGCUGGACGAGUCGCUGGGCAUCCUGACGCCCGACCAGAUGAAGGAGCCGUUCUCGCUGCUGGGCGACAGCGCCGCCACCUUCCUCUGCGGCAGCGCGCCCGCGCCGUGGGCCGGUGGCGAGAACUCGGUGCUGCGCAUGGACGCGCUGUGCCGCGAGGUGGUCUACGUGGACCAGUUCUCGUUUCCCGAGUACGACUCCAUCAUGGACACGGUGGAGGAGGGCGGCCGGGCGGCCCGGGCGGCGGCGUCGCCGCUGCCUCCGGCGUCCCCCUGCUCGGGGGCGGCGUCCGCCUCGGCGGCCGGCGACGGCGACGCCACGGAGCAGACGCUGUCGCCCGAGGAGCUGCCGGUGGACACGCCGGUGCGCGAGCAGGCCGCGCUGCUGGAGGACGACGACACCAAGACAGAGGACGCCUCCGACGCCACCACGCUGCUCACAGCGUCUUCGUCGGCGGAGCCGUCGUCGCGGUCGUCCGUGGCGGUGCCGCCCCCGCCGGCCACCGCCCCCCAGCAAGGCCUCGCCGCCCCCGCGCCCGGCGCCGCCCACGCCGCGCACUGCUUCGUCACGUCCGUCACCUCCAUCACCAGCCUCGACACCGGCUACCAGGGGGACGGCGAGAGCAGCCGCCCCGCGAGCCGCGGCGCCGAGCUGUCGUCGCCCCCCGGGCCGCCGCCCAAGGCGCAGGUGGCGGGGGCGGCGGGCCACGGGCUGGCGCUGGCGCAGCCGCAGGACCCCAUGACCGACUCGGACUUCUUCACGGAGAGCGACGCCGACGGCCACGAGGAGGCCAGGGCGCCGCCCCCGACCGCCGCCCCCGCCGCCCUCGAGGAGCCGCCCUCGUCCUCCUCCAGCUCCGCCGCCGCCAGCUGCGGAGACCGCCGCGCACAGGUGAUCGACGGCACGCUGUACAACGAGUCGCAGCGGCUGCAGCAGCGCUGCCCCAGCUUCACGGCCUCCUCCGAGAUGGAGUCCAGCGGCGUCUUCUCCGACCUGGAGCCGCGGCGGCCGGAGGACGGCGACGCCGACGCCGACGCCGACGACGCCUCUGCGGCGCACGACACGUCGCCCAGCGGCUCCACAGGCAGCGUCUCGGAGCACAGCCAGGAGAAGGAGGCGCAGAGCCCGACGGGCAGCAACGUGACGGCGUGCACGACGGUGAUCCCGGAGGAGGCGUCGCUGGAGGAGGCGGAGCGCGCGCUCACCGAGGAGAACAACCUGAAGAACCUGUCGUCGCCCGUCAUCACGGAGCUGGCCGCGCCGCAGACGCAGACGGCGGCGACGACGCCUCCGGCGGCCGAGGCGGCGCCCCAGGGCCAGCAGCCCAAGCCGGCCGCCGGCGCCAAGCCGCGAGAGCUCAAGAAGUUCAAGAUGCCGAAGCGCAACGUCGUCUCAAAGAUCAAGGCCAUGAUCGAGGCGCCGGCGCCGGCGCCGCAGCCGCAGCCCCACGAGGACCAGGAGAACCAGCGGCCGGCGCACAGGGCGAAGAAGGGCGGCCGCUGGGACGCCGUGAUGAGCAAGAUAGCGCAGGGCCAGGCGGAGCAGCGCGUGCUGAAGAGCCACCUGAAGGAGGUGAAGAGCAAGGUGUUCGCCGGGCUGGGCGCGCCGCCGCCGGACAGCAGCACGGCCCGCAGGAAGGCGGCCACGCCCACCUCGCCGGCGGUGGCCGCGCUGGAGCGCGCCGGCUCCGCGGACUCCACCACGCCCACCAGGACCAAGAGCAGGCGGCCCCGCACGCGCGCGUCGCCCAUCUCGCAGACGCUGCCGCUGUCGGGCCACAGUUCGGUGCGCAGCUCCGUCAGUGACGUCAGCGGAGAACACGCCUCGCCGGCCACGCCCUCCUGCAAGAGCGUCUCCUCGCUACGAUCAGCGAAAAAGCGAGCAGAUACGACUCGAGCGAACAGCCCACUCAGCGAUGGGUCCCUGAACUCGUCCGCGUCACACCAGCCGGCGCGCAGACAGAACCAGCAGAAGAACGGGGUGCCGGACAUGAAGACGCCCGUGGCGCGCAAGCCGGCGUCCCGACGCUCGGCGCCGGUCGCCACCCCCGCCAAACCGCAGCCUCUCAGGGAUCACAACCGCGUGGCGGGCAGCGGCGCGCCGCUCAAGGAGCCGGCCGGCAAAUUGCAGCCGCAGCUGCAAGCCGCCCCGGCCGUGCCCACGCGCGCCCAGCUGCAGCAGCUGCGCCACAGCGCCACCGGUUUCGAGGCUUUCGCCGUGCUCGUCCAGUACCUCGUCAAUGACACGGAAGAGAAAAGGUGUCGGUAUGAGGAUGAGAUUUCGCGCCUGGAAUGUCUCCAUUCGGAGCGAGAAGCAGCAUUGCUGCAGGAUGGCUUGUCAAAGCUGCAGCAGGCAGAGGCAGAGCACAAACGCCAGCUCAGAGAAAGUGAGCAGCGUGCCAAAGACCUGCGCGAGCGCCUGGAGGCAGCUGACGCAGAGACAGCCCGAUUGCAACGGCAGGUAGAGGACCUCGUCAGUAGGGACCACGAAGCCCAGUUGCAGACGGAGCAGACGCGGUGUCGGUACGAGGGUGAGAUUUCACGCCUGGAGCGUCUCCACGCAGAGCGAGAGGCAGCAUUGCUGGAGGAUGGUGUAAUGAGGCUGCGGCAGGCAGAGGCGGAGCACAAACGCCAGCUCAGUGAAAGUGAGCAGCGUGCCGCAGAGCUGCGCGUGCGCCUGGAGGCAGCCGAUGCGGAGACAGCUCACCUGCAGCAGCAGGUAGCUGGCCUUGUCAGCGGCCUUCGCCAAGACCGUGACGCCCAGUUGCAGGUCACAGCAGGAAGAUGUCAUGAUCUGGAAGAAGAAGUGAGGUCAUUGAGGACAGUGCUGGAUUUGAGACAUGAAGAGCUAGCAGAGGUAAGAAGGCAGAAUGCUGAACUAGCAAAAGAUGCUGGAGAGCUACCAGGAGCACUACAAAGGAUAGCAACACUGCAGGCGCGAGUUGAGGAUCUCCAGGAGCAACUGCAGCACAAAGUUGACUUCGAAAGGCAGCUAUCCCAAGAGAACAGGAAACUGAACGAGUCAUUUCAUCAUGUUGCUGUGCAGAAACAAAGGCUUUCACAGCAUAAUGAAGAACUGCAGUGGAAACUGAAACAGAGCACUGAAGCAGUUCAUGUGAUUACACAGGCUCUGACUUCUACGCCUAUCUCACAUAACAAUCAUAAAACUAACCGAAAGCUGAUUGAUUCUUUCCAUGACUAUAGUCAAGCAUUUCCUGAAAUCAGCAAGAGCUACACUAAAUUGAGUAGCAGGUCGCCGCUGAUGCAGCGCCGUUGUGACUUGAGCAACACACCUGUGAUACAUCAUGAUCUCGAGCACCCUAGUCCCCCAGCAUCACCGAAAGUGAAGGCUGUUGUUGAGAAGAGUGACUCUGUGUCAUGGGUACUGGACAUGGAUGAAUCUCCUGAAGCAAAAGUGUCUCGCCUAGUGCGCCGUGCAGGCAGUUUCCGUGGCUCUUCUGGCUUAUCUCCACCAUCUACUGCCCAGUCUCAGACCCUUCCACGAAGCCGUGGUGCAUCUGGUCCUGGAAAUCGACGAUCAACAGGAACCAGUGCUGGACGAUCGAGAACAAGGGCGUGGUCAGUGUCAUCUUCGGACAACUUUGUAUCCUGCUGGGGUUCAUCAGGAACGUGUGCUACCUCUGCUCCUGUUACAAUGCAGCGUUCAGUUUCAGGAACACCGUCACCUGUAGCACAUUCUUAUGGAGAAGAUAAUUACACAGUAUCCCCUGGAAAGACACCACUGAAGCGCUGCAGCCGUGAUCCUGACGAGUGCUCUGUUAACGGUGACGAAGACGACGACGACGACAUGCGCCAGCACCAUAAUGCAAAUGGAAGUGUCGCAAAGAGGUCCAACGCAGAUAGUGGUCCCUCCAGCCUUGAUGGACAGUUGUUGAGUUUGCGCACUUGUGGCAGCAGCAACAGCAGCAGUGCCAGCCCGCCUGGCAGCAAUACCUGCAGUUCCACAAGCAGCUGUUCAGAAGCAGAACACAACUACAGACACUUGAAUGGCACAAUUAUUUACCGGCAAGUGGAGACAGAGACUGCAGAUAUGAGGGUUGUUCCCAUUCCCCACCUUUCUGGUAGCAGUGAUCUCUCCAUUUUGGCUGCUGCCUGUGCUGCUGCCAAACCUCUGAUGGGAGCUCCCAAGGAUGCGGCAGGAGAGGCAAUGAUCUCUGAAGAGACACUGGACAAUGAGAAUGAUGGAGAUGGGGGCGAUACAUCAUCUGAUGGUGAAGAUCCCCAGUCCUGGGAGAAUGUGGGGCUGUUACCAUCAGACAAUGAGGCCUGAGGCAGAAUGUCUUGCUGGUGUACGUGCUUGCUUGAAGCUGGAGUAUUUUAGAAGUUCUGAAAUACUUGAGACUUAAUACUCUGGCAUUUUAAGCCUUACAUUUAUGUGUGUGUUGGUUUAAACCUAAGACAAAACACAAUGGCAUUGAAUAUUGUAUAUCAGGUAUGUUGAGAGUAUGGUGCAUACAGCUCUCGGUUUUAUACACACGACUCAGACUCUUUAUUGUGCUGUUUCUUAAUUUUUCUCAUUAAUAAUUUAUCAGCUUUUUUGAAAGCAUGGUGCAUACACCUCUUGAUUUUUUACAGAUGACUCAGAUUUGCUACUGGGCUCCUUAAUUUUUUUCAUUGAUAAUUUGGUUAAAUCAGUACCUGAUGAAGUUAUUGUUAAUUGUAUUUAACUGGUUUUAUAGUGCUGGUUUGUGUGAUGGAAGCUUCAAAAUGUGAAAUCAUGUCGUGAUAGUUGCAGUAAUGAUCUGUAGGAUGAAUGGACCACUUUUAGUUCUUGCAUUUUCUUGUGCCUUAAUAUUUUGUUUUGGUUGUUGGAGGUUCUCAUGAGAGUUCUUCCAGCAAAACCUUGGUGCUCCCACCUUCAAUCAUGUAUAUAGAAUUUAUCAAUUGGAUUGAGAGAGCUUUCAGCUUGUUAAUAUGCAUAAUAAAUUAUUUGACUUGACUUGGGGGGAGGUCUUAAUUGCAAUUAAGUGUGAGGACUAAUGCCAUUUCCAUUUCAUAAUAUUUUGGGGUGUGGGUGGAUCAUAAACUGCCGAACAUCAUCAAGAUUAAACAUUGAUUUAUUGGAGAAUAAAACACCAGAUGCUAAAUACUGCAGCACUGGGAUUAAAAUUGGAACAUUCACUCAUCAGUUACUGAACAUCACUGAAUGUGAUGUCAUAUUUUAAAAGUUUCUAUCAUGCAAUACUGCAUUUUUACACAGUGCUGAACUAAUACAAGCAAAACAUGCACUGAAAUUAUCGAAGUUAUCAUUAUAAGAAUAUCCAUUUUAUGUUUUUCUUCCAAGAGCAUCCCUGUUGGUGUAUCUGCUUUAUUUUUAAAUGCUUUGAUCACCAUAUAUUUUAUGCAUAAACAGUACUGCUAUUCUCAGUGUUUAAUCGUUUUGGACCAAUUGGAAGAAUUAUACAUAACUUUCGUGAUACUAACAUGAUGAUUUGCCAAGCCACUGAACUUUGAGCAAAAAAUGCUGAACUAUGUGAUGAGUAAUUGAGAAAUGGGGUAAAGUGUGACUCUAACUUGAGAACAAUUACUGUAUACUCAUCAAAUUAUCAUUACCAAAGUAACAUCAUUUCCUCUUUUUUUGAGGUAAUAUUUGUAAGAGGAUGAUCUUGUGUUGAGUUAUUACACAGCUUUCCUUUGGCUACAUACAUGUGAGCUAUUUGUAAAUUUACUACUGCUUGUAAUAAAGUUUAUCAGAGGCUGUUUGAUGACUGUUAGAUUUGUAUACGUCAUAGCUACAAAAUAUUAUGUAAGUAAGAGUGUUUAAUAGGCUUUGAGAGAUGUAAAUUAGUGCACAGUGGUGACAGUUCACACAAUACAUCUUAUCUAAUAAAUCUAAAACUUGAUGCUGUUAAAAUACUGAUAAUUUACAGAUAUGAUAAACCUAGAAUUACUACUUGUGUGGAAUACGUGCUUUGUGAACUAACUCAGCCAGAGCUAGUUCGUACUACUGAACUGUCUCCGCAUUCUGUGUUUGUAUAUGUGAUACUUGUGGAUCAACUUUUAUAAAAUUUCAGCUGUUUUAAUUUGUUAGUUUUAUAUCAGAAAACCAUAUGCUACUUACAUUUUAUUGUGAUUUUGAGUACAAUGUGUGGCUGAUGAAAUAGUAUAUUUUGUGUGAAUUUUUUUGCUGUAUUUAUGUUGUGUUUUCAAAGCACAAUUGAUAUUGCAGUUGUUUGUAUGUACAUUGGAAUUGUAUCAUGUCUUGUUACAGAAUGUCACUAUCUUGUAAGGUAAAAAUAAAGAGUUGCUACUA